AUGGCGUCGCGGGUCGGUGACAUCGAUCCUGAGAGGGAGAAGCAGGCAAGGCCCUGGUACCCGAGCGCGAAGGCUCUGAUCGUUGUGCAGGAGGCGCAUCGAAGAGAAAUGCUAGCUGCAAGACGAGAGGCGAACAUUCGCAAGCGGGAAGAAGAAAGGAGGCGCCGAGAGGAGGCCGAGGCUGAGGCAAAGGCCAGGUCGGAAGAUCUCGAAAGGAGAAGAAGCGAAAACAUCGCAAAGAUCGACAAGACAUGGAUACAACAACAAGAGGAGCAGCGGCAGCGUGAUGAUGCGCUCAUCGCCUUCAUUCGAACUGCGAGAGAGCGGAGAGAUGCUGAGCGUGAGAUUGAGAAACAGGAGGAGAUGGAGGGAUGGCGGCGGCAAGAGAAGUACGACAAAUUCAUGGAGCUGGAGAAGAGGCGCGAGGCGAACAUCAAGAAGCGACAAGACUCGUGGCGCCAGCAGAACAUCCGAAGGAUCGAAGACGAAGCGCGAGAGAAGGAGGAGUCGUUCAUGCUGGCCGAACGGGACAGAAUCCUGAUCCGAGAGGCGCGAGAGAGGCGGCAGGUGGAACGCGAGAAGUUGAAGCAGAUGGAGAAGGAGGAGCACGAAAGGAUGCUGAAGAUCCAACUCGAGCAGACGCUGCAGCAGCGACGUGAGGAGAACAUCAAGAACCGGGAGGCUGAGCUCGCCAAGCGGCAGGUUGAGCGACGGGCGAGGGAGGCGAAAGUCUUGCAGGAGGCGCGGGAGUUGAGGAUGCACGCGAGGGAGAUGCAGAAACAAUCUCAAGCAGCGGAGGAAGACUUCCGUCGCAACCAGGAGGAGAUCGAACGGCGAAACAUGCAGCUGGAGGAGCAGAGGGAGGCGAACAUCGCAGCUCGGGCAUGA